UAAAAUCCAACAAUACAGAGAUAGAGGAAAAAGAAAAAGAAUUUUAAAAUCAAAUUCUACAAUUUUUAAAAAUCAAGUGCAAUUAAAUAUGUUACCUCAAAUUUCACCCUCCUCAAAUUUAAACUUUAGUUUUAAUAAUAACUUGGGCAAUAAUAUAAAUGAUCCCAUUAACAUCGAUGACGACGAAUCCAUGAAUUCGAAUAACAAUCAACGUCCAGGACUAUCCAAAAUAGUUUCUCAAGAUUCAUUCGUUGAAUUACCUAUUAAAAAACACAGAAAAUAAUUCAUGUUUUUUUUUUGUAAAUAAAUUGUAUAUUUUUCAGAU